AUGGCCAAUGCAAAGUGUUGGAAUUUUGAAAAAGAUGAAAUGCUUAUUGAAUUAGUAAAGGCCAACGAUGGGUUAUAUAAUUUGCAGUCACCAUUUUAUAGUGAUAAUAACUAUAAAAGAAAAAUUUGGAAUGGGAUAGAAAAAUCCCUGAACCAAAAUGAUGCAAAAGUACGUUGGGAAUCGUUAAGAUCCCAAUAUCGAAAAUAUUUAAAUAAACAAAAAACGAAAAGCGGGCAAGCAGCUAUAAAAGUAGCAAAGUGGAAAUUCCACGACCAGAUGGCCUUUUUAAGUGAAUUUGUAAAUAUCGAAAGACCACGAGUAACCUCGAUUGAACACGAGGAAAACUUUAUUGAAGGUGAAGAAAACCUGUCUUCUGCAGGAAAAGACGUUGAAGACCCUACCACUUCACAAAACAAAAAUGAACAGAACAGACAUAACAACACACAAAACGUAAACAAAACACAGAAAACACGCGCACGUGAGACUGCAUCAACGACACUACUUAAAUAUUUAUUAGAAAAAAAGGAGGAAGAAAGUAAAACUCCUGAUCCCAUAGCCAAUUGUUUUUCUGUAAUGGCGGAUUCAGUAAAAACUUUCACCCCUUUGGAUCAACAUUUUGUCAAAACUAAAAUCUUUUCAUUAAUAAACGACAUCGAAGCAAAAUACUUGAUGCAGUCUCCAUCGCAUUUCACACAAACUACUCAAUCAUCACAUAAUUUACAAGAAUGUCAAACUAACACAUUUAUGAGCAACUACGACGAACCAAAUUAUGAAAAUUUAUAA